UGAUGGAGGAAUGUCGAACUUUCUGCUCUAGGUAUUUAGAGGAAGAUGAGAUUGAGACAAGGUUUAACUGACCAAAUCGUAACGACGAUCAAAAUGACAACACUCCUAGUAGUUGUUCUAACACUCUUGCUGAAAUUUUUCCAGCAAGAGGAAGUCCUCGCAGAUCGCAAAAGAUCAGUUUGUUGACACCAACUGAGAAAACACAGGCUCAUCGCUAUGUGCUGACAAAUUGUUCAUUACUGGACAAAUUUCGCGAGUAAUUCAUAGGGCGAUCUUUGUUUAAAUUUUUAAUUAUUUUUAUGUAAUUAUUGUGUAACUAUUAUCUACUUGACCAGGAAAUGUAGAGGUGAAAUUUCCAAAUUAUACCGCGGUAAAAGAAAUGCAGUUAAACUCAUUGAAGAAUACAUGCAUGCCAAAUUCCAUGAGUGGUUUAGGGAUUAUGUGGCGUAUACUGAUGAUGCAGAUGAUAUUACUCUUGAAAUCAAGUGGCUUGCAGAAAGACCUAAUAAUGAUGUUGUAAAGAGAUUUGAAGAGUACAACAUUCAUGGAUUCAAGUUUCGCACGGUAAAUAAAGAUGAAGGACUUAAAACACAAAAUAGUGGUGUAGUUAUGUCUGCAAUUACGACUAGUGUUAGCCGUGGACGGAAUCCUAUUUCAGUAUCAUGUGACAAUACAUACUACAGUAAAGUGAUCGAUAUAAUAGAAUUUGACUAUUUUGGCAAGCUAAGGGUUAUCCUCUUCAAAUGUAUCUGGGUUGACACCACGCUUAAUAAGGGCAUUAAGGUAGAUGAAUUUGGGAUCACAAGUGUAAGAUUUUCAGAGUUGAUACACACGGGCGCUCUUGAACUAGAUGAGCCAUUUAUUCUUGCAACGGAUGCGAGAAUGGUUUACUAUGUUGACGAUCUAGUUGAUGAAGGUUGGUGUUCUCUUUGUCACAUGAAACCCAGAGAUUCAUAUGAUAUGGGAGAUUUGAAUGAGAAGGAUCCAAAUGAGUCUUUGGUCGAGGACAUACCAUUUUGUGAGCAGCAAAUAGAGAAUCUCAAAGAAUUUCCAUUAGUGCGGGACGACAUUAAUGAUCUAGAAUCAAAUGAAAUGCAUGUUGCUGUAGACAGUCAUAAUGUUUGUGAGGACGAAAUUGGCAUUGAUGACUUGUAGGAUUUUAUUUAAUGGUAUAUACUUAAUUUAUGUAUUUUUUAAAUGAACGUACCAACCUUGAUUUACGACAAC